UUUGUGAACAGCCUCUCGGUCUGGACACAAAUAAGCUGCUUGCGCAUCUCAGCUGACGCGGCGGGAACGGGGAGAGCUCGAGACCCUGGCGGAGGGUGUCAACAUGGGGAAGUGGAGGUGGUUCCGUGUCUCUCUGGUUCUGGGUUCAGUCUUUAUGAUCCUGUUGAUUAUUCUCUACUGGGACGACGUUGGAGCCUCUCACCUCUACCUGCCCCCCCUCUCCCCCCGGCCCGCCCCUCACCACUCCCCCACACACCCAACCCCCUACUUCCUCUCCGACAUCAAUGCCUUCGUAAACCAGUUCCUGGAGGGAACCAAUGAUCCUACAGAUUCCGCCCCCCCAGACUCUGCCAACCAAUCAGAGCACGCUGAGGAGCGGUAUGUUCCCCGGAGGGAGUGGAAAGUCCAUCUGACGCCCAUCGACCCCGAGAAACGACUAGGACAGGAGAGAAGGCGGCAGCGUCUCCAUGACCUCUGUCACCAUGGUGAUGACCUGGCUUUUCCGGGGAAGAACCGUUCGUUUGACGACAUCCCCAACAGGGAGCUGGAUCACCUGAUCGUCGACGACCGCCACGGUAUCAUAUACUGCUACGUCCCCAAGGUGGCGUGUAGUAACUGGAAGAGGAUCAUGAUCGUGCUCAGUGAGAGUCUGCUCCAGGAGGGAGUUCCGUACAGGGACCCUCUGGCGGUUCCUCAGGAGAUGGUCCACAACAGCAGCCUCCACUUCACCUUCAACAAGUUCUGGAAACGCUACGGGAAGUUCUCACGACACCUGAUGAAGGUGAAGCUCCAGAAGUACACUAAGUUCCUGUUCGUCAGAGAUCCGUUCGUCCGCCUCAUCUCAGCGUAUCGGAACAAGUUUGAGCAGCCCAACGAGGAGUUCUACCGCCGAUUCGCUCUGCUCAUGCUCCGUCGCUAUGGUAACCACUCUGAACCUCCCGCGGCAGUGGGCGACGCGUUUCCUGCGGGAAUCCGCCCCUCCUUCUCAGAGUUUGUCCAAUACCUACUGGACCCCAAGACGGAGAGCGACGCCCCCUUCAACGAGCACUGGAGACAGGUCUACCGGCUAUGCCACCCCUGUCAAAUACAGUAUGACUUUGUGGGUCAGCUGGAGACGGUUGAGGAGGAUGCUGAACAGCUGCUGAGGGUUUUGAAGGUGGACAACGUGGUUGACUUCCCCCCCUCUCACAGGAACCACACGGCCAGCAGCUGGCAGGAGGACUGGUUCAACAGGGUGCCCCUAGUGGCCAGGAGGGGUCUCUACAGGCUGUAUGAACCAGACUUCAGACUGUUUGGCUACUCCAGACCAGACUCCCUGCUAGACUGACUGACUACAACUACACUCAGAAAAAAUGGCUUUUCUAAAAGGGCUCUUUUCUUGUCCCCAUAGGAGAACCCUUUUUGGUCCCAGGUAUAACUUUUUGGUGGUGAAACAGGUUCUACUUAGAACCUUUUAGUGAUGAAACUGUUCCACGUAGAACCUUGAAUUAAUUAAACCGUUCUACUUGGAACCAAAAAUAGCUAUUGUCAGUGGGUUCUCCUAUGGGGAAAAUCAAAGAAUCCUUUAUGGUUCCAGGUUGUACAUUAUUUUCUAAGACCAGCCAGCCAGAGUGCUGCAUCUUCUGCUCCUGUUCUGGACUCAGCAGGAGAACAGAGGAAAGUUAGAGUUAGGUUCAACUUCCUUUGGAGAAGACUUGGACUCCUGACUGCUGGAACCCUGGUGGCUUUGAUGUCAUCAUGGAACCCUGGUGUCUGUCAUGUCAUCAUGGAACCCUGGUGUCUGUCAUGUCAUCAUGGAAACCUGGUGUCUGUCAUGUCAUCAUGGAACCCUGGUGUCUGUCAUGUCAUCAUGGAACCUUGGUGUCUGUCAUGUCAUCAUGGAAACCCUGGUGUCU